AUGCUGGCCAUCUGGACCACAAGGACGCCAAGAAGCACGUGCUCUGCGCUGAAUGGCAUCCGAGUUCUGAGCCUCCUCUGGAUCUUGUCGGGGCACACCAGUCAGAUGACUGCGUGGCUGUCUUUGGAUAAUGUGCUCGAGUGGAAGACCAGAGUGCUUAAAAACCCACUGUACCUUUAUUCUCGGAGUGGCCCGUUCUAUCUUGGGGUUGACACAUUUUUCCUGAUCAGUGGCUGGUUAAGUGCAAGGUCAUUUUUAAAGAUACACCAGGAUUCAGACCAAGGAAGAACCCUCAGCGUCAUAUUCAGAUAUGUCCUCAGCCGCCUUACAAGGUUACAGCCUCUGCACAUGUAUUCCGUGUGCUUGUUGGUUGGAUUGUUCUCUCUGGCCCCCUGGGGGCCCGUCUGGGAGGUGCCCAAGUCCCACCUGGAUAACUGCCGGCUCGCAUGGUGGACAAAUCUGCUGCUGCUCAACGAUUUCCUGUCCGUCGGGAAUGCGUGUAAUGGUUGGACGUGGUACCUCGCCAAUGACUUUCAGUUCCAUCUCACCACGCCGGCGAUCGUCCUCAUCCACAGAAAAAGCAGGCGGGUCCUCGCGCUGCUCGGGGCCGCGCUCCUCCUGGCACCUGCCGCCGCCGCGGCCCUGCUCACUCGCGCGCACAGCCUGCCGGUCGCGGCGGUCAGCGAAGCCAGUGAAAAUGCGACCAUGUUGUAUUUCUCGGAGUACUACACUAAGCCCUACUGCAGAUAUGGGCCAUUCCUCGUGGGCCUCUUGCUGAGCAUUUUCAUGCACCAAAACCACCAGGCAAACAUUCUUAAAACCAAGGCGCAGGCUGUGCUGGGGUGGAUUUGCUGCCUGUCUACCCUGUUCACAGUGGUCGCUCUGGCAUACGUGGUGGAUGACACCUUUGCCACCUCUUCACCUGCUGUGGCUCUGUACCAGGCUCUCCACCGGACCCUGUGGGCGGCAGGCGUGGGCUGGAUCAUGCUAGCGUGUCAGGAGGGCUACGGAGGCCCGGUGAACCGGCUGCUUUCUUGCCGCAUCUGGACCUUCCCGGCCAGCAUCAGUUACGCCUGCUACUUGGUACACCCCAUCCUCAUCCUGCUCUACAACGGGCUGCAGGAAACGCCCAUUCACUACACCGACACCAACAUGUUCUAUCUUUUCUUUGGCCACUGUUUGCUGACCUUCGUCACUGGGCUGGCCCUGACGCUGUGCAUUGAGAAACCAUGUCAGGAACUGAAGCGGUACCUGCUGGGGCCGUUGCCUGCGGGGCCAUGAAGGUUCUGGUAAAACCCGCAAGAAUGGAUGGGUUCGUUCUGUCGGUGAUGAGUAAAAGCCAGCAUGGUUUCAUUUCUGUAAUGAAUGUUUGCUCCCCUGACAAGGGGUGUGAAUCCUAUUUUGUGAAUGUUUAAGAUACACAACUUCUCUGUGCUCAAUAUAUAUGAGUGCCGAGUGUUUACUAUAUAAAAGAAUUCUGUGACAGCCUAUUGUAGUAGCACAAUAAUCACCUCUGAUGAACCUUUUCAGGAAAAAGAAAAACCAACCUGGAUUUCUGGGGUCUCAUCCUACAUGUAUUUUCUAUACCAAUGCUCAUAGGAAAACAUCAAACUUAGCGAAUUGAAUGAAAUUUAGGUUACAGUGUUCACUUUUCUUGGUAAAAACCACAGCAUGCAGUUUUUCACAUCAUAAUUGUCUUUGUGUUAUUAUUUGUAGACCUGUAACUUUAUCCUGGAGCCUAGGAUCGUAUGACCCAUUGGCGUGUACAGUUCACGGGUGCGUUGUUACAGGCCUUCCAAACAUUAUCUGUUUUACGGUGUGAUCCCUGGUAGGGGUUGAAUGUGUCACUGAAAAAGAUAUAAAGUCCUAAUCCUAUAGUACCUUAGAAUGUGACCUCUUUGGGGGUCAGGG